AGUAAAUUUUAGUUGGAGGCUAAUAUGAGCAAACCUUCGGCGAAGCAAAAUCAUGACAUUCGCAAGACAUAUCUUUGCCAGCAAUACAAUAUAAGGCUCACCUUGCAACCGUAUGCGUUAUGUCGGCAACCGAGGGGAACGAGGACAACCACGCAACCCACGCGGGGAAGCGCGGAGGGCCUCCAUCGACUAGUUCCGUCCGACGCGGUAGUGCCCGGCUCGGCCGUGAAAAUUUAUUUGUUCGUUUUGAUGGCGCGUGGAUCGAGACAUAGCGUGGACAAUUCAGGCGGCGGGCCACACGCGAGCUUCAUACGGAGGGCUCCCGGACGUGAAAGCGAGCCGAGAUACGGAAUCAGGGUGGCCGGGAGAUACGAUGCGAGCCCGCGGACACAAAUUGCCUAACCGAGCGGCGCGCGCAGCGGA